AUAGAGCUGAGACGUAUAGAGCUAGAGCAGUAGUGUCGUCCCACGUGCGUUUCUCCCAUGUAGUGACUAAUCCGCCGACGCACCGUUUUCAUCGUAGUCGUCGUCGGCGGCACGACCGACCGACGUUCGAUCGAAGGGUGCGAGGAGAUUUUUAGUGCGCCAGCCUCAGUAACAUUCUGCGCCUGCUGCAUCCGAGUUGGCUCUGGUGCUGUGCGGUGAUCUGUUUUCGUUUGGGGCUGGGGUGUUUAUUUCGAAGCGCCGAAUUUAGUGCGAUCGAGGAAGUAGUGUGAUAGCAAGUGAAACAUAUAGUUUUCCACUGGCGGGCGAAACGAAGCGAAAGAAAGGUGAUGAAAGAAUCGAACCAGCAGCAGCAGUUCGACCAACAAGAGUAGUGCGAGCGUGAAAUGGAAGUGUAGUAAGCGUUCAGAAAGUUCAAAAAUCUCUCGAUCUUGACGCGGUGGCGGCGCGUCAAUAUUUGUUUUUCUUAGUGGUGCGGGUGCUGAAGCAAAGAAGAAUUAGCGCAAAGAUUGCGCGAGAUCGUUUCGACGCGCAGCGGCAGAAACAGCAGGCUGGAAUUUUCGUGUGUGUUGCUGCGAUCGCGCCUCUGUCGUGUGAUUGCUGCGAUCGAUCGUCGUUGGUGAGAAUCGAGAAUAUCACAAGAACCGCGGAAUCGCAGCAGCAGCUGACUGUCUGACUGACUGACUGCUGAAGCACGGCACGGCACGGGGUGGCGUGCGGCGUCGCGACAGAGACGAAAAUGGCAACAACGAUAAAUGACCCUGGACCCGUUGCCAGCAGAAUGAUCAGCAUCGGCAACGCUACUACUAGUGCCGUUGGUAGUGGUGGUAGUAGUAGCAAUCGAAGCGAAGGCGGUAGUAGAUUCAGCCGGUCAGCCAAUGCCAAAUGGCACCUGUUCCUGUCCGGGGCGCUGGCCGCGUUGGUCGCGUGCCUUUUGGCCCCGCCGGUGCAGGGAUUCAACGUGGACACCGUGAACUACGUCCUGCACGAAGGGACGCCCAAUUCGAUGUUCGGGUUCAGCGUGGUUUUGCACCAGGAGCAGCAACGAAGCUGGGUCAUAAUCGGCGCACCCACGGCCGAUACUUCGGCCUACCAGGAGGGCGUCGUCAACGGAGGCGCUGUCUACCGGUGUGACAUCUCCGAUGACAACCGCUGCAAUCUGAUUCCGUUUGAUUCCAAAGGAAACUCGUUCAACGACAAACACGAACAGGUUGACACCAAAUCGAACCAAUGGUUCGGCGCAACGGUGGCCAGUGCCGGCGUGGACGGACCUCUGGUGGCCUGUGCCCCGCGGUAUGUGUUUCAUCAGUUGCAGCCCCGGAAGGUGGAACGAGUGGAACCGGUGGGAACGUGCUACAUCGCCCGGAACAAUAUGCAGCAGUUUGACGAAUAUUCGCCUUGCCGGACAAUGUACUGGGGUUAUCAUCGGCAAGGAUCAUGUCAAGCGGGCUUCAGUGCCUCACUGACUAAGACUGGCGAUCGAGUGUUCGUGGGUGCCCCCGGAAGCUACUACUGGCAAGGACAAGUGUAUUCCAUUAAUACCGACGCUGUGUUCCCCUAUAAACCCCCGCGAUAUGGUCAGUUUGGCGAAGGAGGUCAGAUCUACUCGUUCAGUUUGAACAACCCACGGGACAAGGUCUACUCGACGGGCGAGAGUACGUCCUCGGAAGACGAUUCCUACCUGGGAUAUUCGUCGGCCACCGGGGACUUCAACGGAGAUGGUACGAUGGGCGUAGCGGUGGGAAUGCCUCGCGGCGGAGGACUUCUCGGUAAGGUGCUGAUCUUCUCGUGGAACAUGACCAACCAGCAGAACAUCACCGGCGAACAGAUCGGGGCGUACUUUGGGUACGCGAUCGCCGUCGUUGACGUGGACGGAGACAAGCUGGACGAUCUGAUUGUGGGGGCCCCGAUGUAUACGGAGCCGAACAACGAGGGCAAGUACGAGACGGGUAGGGUCUACAUCAUCUACCAGGACAAGAUCAACAAGUUCCAGGAGGUGGAGACCCGGGAUGGGGUGAAUUCGAAGGCGAGGUUCGGGCUGUCGGUAUGCUCGCUGGGUGACAUCAACUUGGACGGUUACGGGGAUUUUGCGGUGGGAGCACCUUACGAUGGUCCACAUGGUCGGGGAGCUGUUUACGUGUACCACGGGUCCUCUAAUGGUCCACUGGCGAAGCCUUCGCAGGUGAUCAUGGCAGAGGACAUCUCCGGAGCAUCCAGGAUAUCCACGUUCGGGUUCUCGGUAGCUGGAGGCAUCGAUCUGGACGGGAAUCAGUAUCCGGACAUGGUUGUGGGAGCGUACGAUUCCGACAAGGCCUUGGUGUUCAAGUCUCGUCCAGUGGCGGUGAUGGAGGCCAGUGCGCUGUUUGAAACUGAGAAUAAGCUGAUCUCUCUGGAGGAUCGCAACUGUACGCUUCGCGAUCGAAAGCAGGUCCCUUGCACUGUGGUCAACUCCUGCAUGAAGUAUAACGGCAUCAACGUGCCUCCGACCUUGGAUAUUGAGGUGUCCUGGGUGUUGGACUCCAAGAAGUCUCGCAAUCCUCGCAUGUUCUUCUUGAACGAGGAAGGCCGUAACAUUCGCAACCAGUCGAUCAGAUUGUACCGUGGAAAGCUGGAAUGUAAAAGCGAACGGGUCUACAUCGAGGAGAAUAUCCGAGAUAAGAUUACUCCCCUAGAGGUGGAAAUGAAGUAUAACCUUCGUCAGAGUAGCUACAGUCAACAGAGACGGCGUCGAGCUACUGUUGAGCCGGUUCUGGACCAGAACAAGGGAACCGUCCAGAAAGACUCGAUCAACAUUCAGAAGAACUGUGGUCCGGAUAAUGUCUGUAUACCGGACCUUCGCCUGCAAGUCAGCAUGGUCGACGAGUACCUGCUGGGAUCUGGAAAACAUCUAGGUAUUGACGUUCUUAUAUCGAACUUUGGCGAGGACGCCUUUGAAGCAGGUUUCUACAUGACCAUUCCCUCGGAAUUGAAUUUCCGUCGCGUUGAGAAGGUCGGUGAGAUCAAGGACACGCCCGUUCUCUGUACAACUCCUCCCGGAGCCACCAAUGGCACUUUAAAGUGCGACAUCGGAAAUCCUCUAUCCAGCGGUAAGGUCGUCAACUUCAAGGUUCUCCUCUCGCCGUCCAUCAAGGUCGGCAUGGCCCCGAGCUACGAUUUCUACAUGGAAGCCAACUCCACCAAUCCCGAAGUCGACGGAACCCACGAAGACAACAUCUUCCAGAAGAGUGUAGGAAUCACCAUCAAAACGGACCUCUCGAUCUCCGGAGUUUCCCUUCCGGAAGAGUUCAUCUACAACUACACCGAGUACCGUACGCUCGAGGAAGCUGAAACCGAGCACCAUCUAGGUCCGCAGGUGGUUCACAUCUACGAAAUCCGUAACGAAGGUCCGUCGACUAUCGAUGAGGCGGAGUUCUACCUGCUGUGGCCGUACGAAUCCAACGAAGGCGAUGCGUUGAUGUACUUGCUGGUUCCUCCGGAAACUAGCGGUAACAUCAAGUGUCAGCCGAGCAGCUACAUUAACCCGCGGGACUUGGCUAUCGAGAAUCCACGGAAGAGUUACCUGGAGAAGGUCGGUGCUUCCGCUAGUCAUCACGAGUCGGCAUCCAGGACGGAAUACCGCGCGUCUGGGGCUAGCGGAGGUGGAGUCGCUGGAUCCGGCUCAGGGUAUCGUACAAGCUCCAGUUCUAGUUCAAGCUCUAGUUCCGGGUCGAGCUCCAGUUCUUCGUCGUCUUCGCGAGGCGGAGCAGUCGCCGGUGCAAGCGGUCAUCGAGAGGUGGUCCUUACCGACACGGAGAGGCGUCGGUUGGACGACGAAGAAAAUCAGGAAUCGACUGGAGAUGCUUCGUAUGUUCACCGGCAGCGAGCGGAGAGUGCCUCGGCUCAAGCACACUCGCAGUAUGCCGGAGCGGCCCAAUCGGGCGCCAGUGGACACCAUUUCGGCAGUCAGGGAAGCGGUGCAGGAUCUUCCCGCGAGUACUCGUAUUCAAGCAGUUGGAAUUCAUCCAGCGUUAAUGGAGGCCCUGCGGUGACCUACACGGCAAGUCGCAAUCGGACGGUGUACCGUGGACCGGAUGGCCGCGUCCAGGUCUCGGAGAGCAGUACCGAACACUACGGAAAGUCGGUGGCCGCCUUCGCAGGCAUUGGAGCCGGAGCUGCCGUUGAUGGACAAGUGCUGCACAAAGAGGACUUCAGCGAUCUCUACCGGCAGGAGGAGUCCAGUAGAACUGCUGCUUCGUCUGCUUCGUCCGGAAGUGGCUCGUAUCGAACCGGAUCUGGAGGAUACCGGCAGAGUGCAAACAUUGACGCAGCAAGAUCCGGUUCAUCGUCAGCGCAUGGCAGUGGCUCGUCUUCUUACGUCAGCGAAUCAUCCUCGCACGGAAGCUCAGCAUCUUCCGGAUACGGAAGAGGUAUCUACAAAAGCGAAUCGGCCCGUACCGAAGACGUUAGUCAGGACAUUUCCAGCCUUAGUUCGCGAACUCAUGCAGCUGGUCAUGGAGCAGGUGAAUCAAGCGUUGCGGGCGCUUCUACCAGCGGUCGCCGGCGCAUGCACAGCCAACAGGACGGCGAACCUGCUCGGCCCGACUUGGUAACUGGCAUUUCAACGAUCGAACGAAUCGCUCAGGGUCGUGGAGGUUACCAGACGGCUACGCUGGACUUGGGGACGCUGAAUCGUCAGAACGUUGACGAGGAGGUUCGAAGGGCCGGCAGUGGAAGGAUUUCCGGGUCCAGUGGAGCAGGCUAUGAGUCGCACAGCGGAUCAGGACACUACGGUUACCAACAGGGAGGUUCCAUGUCAUCUUCGGCGACGGGAGGUUCCUCAUCGUCUUCGGCAACCGGAGGUUCUUCGUCGUCUUCGGCGACGGGAGCUUCUUCCUCAUCGUCAUCGAGUCGAACAUACUCCAGUUCUUCGCACAGCUCCUCCGGAUCAAGCCACCAUAGUCAGCAAAGCGGAGGAAGCCAGCACGGUCAAGUAUACACGCACGGUCAGCAGAACGCCGCAUAUGGCGAAAACGGCGACGACUACGAGGACGAGUACGACGAGUACUACGAACACAACACUCAGAAGACCUACGAUUCUAACUAUCGCCUCCACUCGAGUGGUCACCUGAACCAGGGUCACGACAGCGUAGACCAGAAGUUCAAGCACUACCAGCACUUUGACCAUCGCCAGCGGCGGCAGGUCGUCGACGACAACGACCAAGCCCUCAACGAUGCCCUCCAGUGUCGGGCCACGCGGUGUGCCAUCAUCCGGUGUAUGGCUGGCCCGAUCGGAGACAAGGACGUGGCCUUCAUAGCGUUACGAUCGCGGGUAGUGGCGCACACCUUGCACAAGAUCUCUUCCGGUACGGCGAUCAAUUUCUCCACGAUGACGGUGGCCCGCGUUACCCGGUUACCGUACAUCGGGCGGCCGAAGGAGAUGCCCCUGAAGACGCACGAGAUCCAGGUGGUGGCCACUCCGGAACCGACGCCCAAACCGGACGUCGUGCCGCUGUGGAUCGUGGUCUUGGCGGCCUGCGCCGGUACGGUGAUCCUACUGUUGCUGAUCUACCUGCUGUCGAAGUGUGGUUUCUUCAACCGAAACCGACCGUCCGACUCGCAGGAACGACAGCCCCUAAAUCGCAACGGCAACUACCAUGGCGACGAGCACCUAUAGGCAGCACCUUCAUAGGAGUCAAGUUGUUUUCUUUUGGAAUGACAAGCAGAAGUAUAUAGUUAAGUAACGGCAAGCAGUUAAUCAAACGCUUUGAUGUUAACGCAACGACAGCAAUACAUACUAUGGAAAGUGAGAGAGGCAUCAUACUGUAGAACAGUAACGGGCUGCCUCGCUUCUCUGGGACAACACAUGAGAUUAGCAGCGUGGUGCAGUGUUGCCAGAACUGGAGGAGAUCCUCCCCUAACGUCGAGCGAUAACGAAACCCGCUUCAACCGAGGCGUGAAGGUAGCUUAUUUUCUGUAUUGUUUUAACUUCGACCAGUUGGUCAACGAAGUCUCCUGCCAUUAAGAAGAGUACAGAGACAGAGAGUAUAGCGCGUGUUUAGUAGCAAUAUGUAGAUCAAAGGUAUUUAAUUUUCGAUUUGUUUUCGCUGGAAAACAGGUAAAUGGCGAGUGACACGUGAAAGACCCUAGUUGAUCCGUUGAUCUUUAUCUUUGACAAGAGCUGUCAAAUGCCAUUUUCAUUUUCUUUUGGCAGUGUUGCCAAAAUUACAAUCAGUGAAUCCACUCUGGUCUUUGAUCUGAACACUCGACCGUCGCAGCCGUAUUAUUUCUUAAGGUGUAAAACUAACUAGUCAAUUUGAUUGAUUUAUCCUUUUAUUUUUUAACUCACCGUUUGUAUUUGUCCCCUCUGACUGUAGAGUUUAGAGAAAGUAAUACGAUUAAUCUCAAUUUACAUAUUUAAUGUUAGUGCAAUGAAAGCAAGAGAAAAGCAAAAUGACAAACCACGGUCGAUCGAAUCGCAAGCGCCAAACUGAGCAAUACACUAUACUUACAUUUAUGUUAAAUCGAAUCUUUCAAGUCUACUAAAAUUGAAACUUUUCUGUUUUCCUUACACGUCUUGGUAAGAGCGAUCUGCGUAGCCCGGAUUUUUUUCCUUCACAACGAUUUUCCGCCAUUUUGGAAUCUCGUAGUUGUGAGAGAAAAGUUUUUCCGGAUCACUUGGAUCGGUGUUACUGGACGUAUGUGCGUGCGUAAACAAAGUAGGCGUCACUCUUCCGAUGCCACAACACAAUUUCUAGGUAAGGUUGUUACCUAGGUGCAGUCGGAAACCCCUCCCUGCACCACGGUAGUUAUUUAUUGUGUAGAAUUAAUACCGUUAGGAGUAUCGAGAACAAUCUGUAUUUUCUCGAUAAGUGACAGCAAGUGCCUAAAAAUUUUGGUGAAGUUGACGAAAGGUUUCAAAAGGUCGAACUGAAUUUCGGUGCCAUGGUAACACGAUAAAGUUGUUGAAACUGUUACGAAUUUGAAGAGGAAACCGCUCGAACCGAUUCGACAAGAUGUGUACAAUAAUGACCCGACUGUGUGUAAAUUAUUUACUUAACAUAGAGGAAACCAUAUUUUUAGACGGAAAGUAUUUCGGACGAGCCAUUUUUUUUUUCUUUCCGCGAUCCUAGUUAUUAAGUUUCGCUUCAGAGAAUCUCCCUCCUUAUUGCCUCAUUGUUUUUGUUUCCUCCUGCUGUGUGUAACCCCCCUCCAUAAUCGAUCUUCGUCGUUGAAUGUGUAAAUAUUAAUUAUAACUAUUUUUUUAUUUCAAUUUGUGAAAGCGAACAAAAUCCGAAUGAAUGAACGAAAAUAUAAAUCAAUAACACCCGUA